CUCAAUUUCCGAAAGAAGAGAAGGCAUCGAACUGAGACUACAGUAUUAGUAGACUACACCGGAGAGAGAGAGAGAGAGAGAUGGCCUACUACUCCUCCUCGUUACCGAUCACGGCUCCGGCCGCUGGUUGUUUCCAGGAGCAUCAUCAUCUGAAAUGUGGCACAGUGGCAUUAAAUGUAAAUUGGAGUAACAGUUAUCAAUAUGCAAGGAUGAGCAAAUCCAAAUCCAAAGCCAGCAGCAGUCGCAUCCUAUUUCGGUGCAAUUCUCAACUGGCAGACCUCGCCCCAGCCACCUCUGCCGCCUACGGACUCCUGCUUCUAGGCGGCGGUCUCUUUGCCUAUACAAAAUCAGGAAGCAAGGGAUCACUUUUCGGCGGAACUACUGGGGCUGCUCUAAUGGCAUCUGCUUACUUUCUUAUGCAAGUACCAGAUACAAAAGCUAUCGGUGAUGCUGUUGGGUUUGGAUCCUCAUUCCUUUUCUCUUCUGUAUUUGCUAUACGAUUGGCAGCUACACGUAAGUUAGCUCCUGCAGGCCCCUUGUUAGGUCUUUCUAUCUGUGCGUUGGCUAUAUUUAUCUCAGCAUAUCUACAUGAUAAACUCUGAUCUUUUAGUUUCCUCUAAUACCACAAAGUAUUGCUCAGAAAUCAGCUGCCUCGAGCUCCGGUCAAUUCAUUAAGUUACUUUGAUAUGUUCUAGCCCGAGUUAAUUCAUUAAGUUACUUUGAUAUGUUUUGUCUUCUAACUUCGAGUGGACGUAAUUAGAAUUGUUUUAUGCAUGAGUUGCUUUGCUUGCUCCCAA